AUGGGGGAUUUUAAAGAGGUUCAGUGGGACUUUGAGCACCUUUCGGCAACACCUCGUGCACCAUCUCAAAUGUUGGCCUUCCGAGAUAUGCUUGAUACUUGUGGAUUAGCUGAUCUGGGAUUCUCUGGAUAUCCCUACACGUAUGAUAAUGGUAGAAGUGGCAAUGCAAAUGUGCAAGUAAGACUUGACAGAGCGGUAGCUGAUCUUGCAUGGCGUAACAUUUUUUCUGAUGCAGCGGUGCAACACUUGGUAUCACCAUGUUCAGAUCACUGCCCUAUCCUUGUGCGUUGUUUACAUGAGAGUGAUGACAGGCCGAGGAUGUGCUGUAGGUAUGAAGUCAUGUGGGAAAGGGAUCCGGGCUUAACCGAGGUAGUGGAUAAAGCAUGGAAGGAGCAAGGCGUGAUCCAUGGGCUGGCUGAUGUUAACAAGGCACUCAAUUUGGUUAUGAAAAAGCUUCAAGGCUGGAGCCGAAAGAAGUUUGGAACUGUUACUAGGGAGCUAGAAAAGUCAAGGUCGCGAUUGGAGGAACUGAUGAACAUGAAUGCAGACCGCGCAGAAAUUAGGAAGGAAGCAGAUCAUAUGAAUGAACUCCUCUACAGAGAGGAGAUGCUUUGGAGGCAGAGAUCACGAAUUGACUGGCUUAAAGAAGGUGACAGAAACACAAAAUUCUUUCAGCAGAAAGGUGUGUGGCGAGCCAGGAGAAAUAAGAUAAAGCAUCUGGUUGAUGAUGAGGGGGUAAAACAUGACGACCAAGCAGGUCAAAUGCCCCAAGGCGUCAACACCACCACCAUCGUCCUCAUCCCUAAGGUGGAGGGAAGAAAGCUUGCUGGACGUGCAUGGGUGGUUGCCGCGGGGAUCCUCCGGUGUUGGUGGUUGGGGCCACGAGAUGUGGUUCUCGGGCUGCACGGUACAUGA